AUGAUCGAAAGCGCGGAACAGGAGCCCAUUAAGCAAGAGCAUCAGGAUGAAGGUAUUUCAACGUUAUUGCAAACCAUUGUUUCAUUGGCUCCAGCAUAUUGCGAACAUUCACUGGUCGCUGCCUAUCAGCAGCUGAAAAUAGAAUCAAUAGCAGAAGCGCUACAAUCAAUGCGUUUUGCUGUCGGUCCAAGGUGUAAAAUUUUGGCUGUAAGUUUAAACGCAUGCUUAGAACUGUAUUUAUGA